AGACGGCAAAGACGAAAAUCGUUUCACUUUCCCUAAAUACCAAAAUCGUAAAGAGGUGCAGAUUCAGAAAAAUGGGAUACGUUCUAAGGGUGAGAUUUGCAGCCUUCUUCGCCGGUGCUGCGGUGGCAUCGGCCGGCGGUCUCUACCUUCUCCACAAGGAUUACCAAACCGCCCAUCAUUCCAUGUCUCAACAGAUGAAUGAUGUCUAUGAAUCUCUAAAUGGACGCAUUUCUGCUUUGGAAAGGCUGAAAGAAGCUGAUGCCGCGAAACACGUGGAAGCUACUGAGUAGAUUGUUUUAAGAGGUUUCCAAUGGAGGCAUCAAAAUAGAUUCCAUAGGUUCUAGUUGUUGUUCUGAUUCCAUUGUGAUGUAUUUCAUGACUUGCUAAAUGAAGUUGAGUUUUUUCUUUUGUUUUGCUAUAUGAUGGG